AUGCAACAGAUCUCAUUGGAGAACGGCGGUAUAGACCAACUAAUCACACAGUCUCUGCCCCAAUGGAACCCAGCCACACACACCCAAGACCUGUGCAACAUGCUCAAUCUCAUCAUAGCCAUGUUUGCACCCCCCUCGUUGGCGGCUGCGUCGGUCGACACCACACAAUCGGCCAACCCAGGAGCCGCUAGCAU